AGCGUGGACAGCGUGGACUGUACAUUUUGGAACGUAGCUUGGCCUUGCUUCUGCCAUUCUGCUCGUGUUUCAUAACCUUAAUUUUUUUGGUGUGGUGUCUUAGAGUUAAAGAUAUAAAAGAAUUUUUGUGAAAUCGUCAUUAAUCGAUGCCGGUUAUUUUUUACUUUUAUUUCUUUACGUCAGAAACGACUUUUAAAACGAUAAAUUUAAGCGAAACUCAAAGAGUAUAAUUCUAACACGUAGCACAACCUGCAUAACCUAACUGAUGAUUGAAUUGCACAUGAGAGAAGCUAACGUUAAUCGACAUUGAUUAAAUUUAUUUCUGUCGAUAUUUUUUAAGUUGGGAUGAUACUCAUGAAUUAGUUCAUCAUAUUUAAGUCAAGCAAUUAAACGACAUAAUCUAUGAGAAAUAUGUUCGUUCAGAUUCGACAGAGAGUAUUGUUUAAUACGACAAUUAAGUAUGGCAAACAGAGGAAGUACAGCACAUCAGUUGUUAGCAAAGUUAAGAGUGAAACAGAAGAUGCGACGGAGCCCAAGUAUCCAUCCAUUGAAGAUCUAAGCUGGAAAGCUAAACAGAAGAGAUUCAGGCUAGCUUGGCAUGACAAAAUCAAGAAUUUGGAAACCGUGGAAGAGAAGUUAUUUAAGAUUAACAUGCCACGUUAUUAUGGCUGGAAGUCGCUAAUCCUAAAAGAACAUGUUAUACCAUACGAUGCCUUGUCACAUGCGCAAUAUUAUACAAGAACACAUAUUGUCAAAGAAUCUGGUCUCCCAGCGUACUACAACAAUAUAAUUUCCACAGAGCAAUUAGAUAGGAUAGUGCAAGAAAUCAAGAGUGAUAUAGAAGAUAAUAUAAUUUUUGAAUAUUGCAUCAGAAAAAGAGAACACGAAAGGGAACCAGAUAAAUUUCCAUUGGAUGAAAACACUAAAGCAUUAGACAGAAAAAGGAACAUGGAAGAAAUUAUAUCUAAAGCAUUGAUUCAAAGAAUUAAUAGAACAAUGCUGGCACAUCUUACUCCUGAAAAUCCACAUUUAUUACACACUGAAGUUGAUUUUGAACCGAGAUUAGAAGCAUCUUGGUUUAUGGGUGGUUUAGACCCUCCUAAUUUUGUAAAAAGAUUCAGAGAGAGGAUUCCAUUUAUGAAAGAAUAUGUUGACGACCCAGUAAAUUUGCCUGUUCAAUAUAUUGGCCAACCUGUCAUGCAUCUGAGGCAUAAACAUCCUCUGAGAGAAAUUAUUCCCUUGAGAGAUUGUGAAAAUCCAGCUUUAGACGUACCUGCAUUCAAAUUAAAACCCACAGUAUUGUCUUAUACUCUUGAUAAAAGACAUUUAACUAAUAUACCUGGAUUUUGGCCUGGUGAUGAAAAUGAAUUCGGCCUUUUGUCAUAUCAUAACUGCACAUACUUGCAAACUAGGCCAGAAAAAUAUAAUGACACGCCCACAGCGCUUACAGUACAAGCUAUAUUAGCAUCUUAUAGCUGGUUACUAUCGCAAGCCUGUUAUCAAGGUUUCUCUACCUUUCAUGACAUUACAUAUCCAUUAUCCACUCAAACGGUUAUAACGAAUGGACAGUGGUGGUCAUUUUUCGUUUACCAACUUAAUACUACUUUGGUGCAUUCUGAAUAUGCAGAUGAAAAUCCGAGACGCAACAUAUGCUGGAUUACAGAGCCGUUAAAAUUAUUUGAGAAAAUAGAAGAUGACAAAAUUCAUGGUUUGAAUGAAGAAGUUCUCAAAACUUUGAUUAAGUUUUACAUAAAUGUUCCUGAGGAAAGGAUAGGCAUAGACUUGAAACCAUAUUUAGGAAAAUCUGUAAAAGUAAUAGCUGACAUAGAAGAUGAUGAAAGGAGAAAUUGGCUCGAAAAAUAUUAUAAACAUCUUGUGAGCAACAGACCGAGGCACAGACGAGUACCAGAAAUAUAUGAUUGGCAAAGAAUCUAUCUUCUUCAAUUUAAAACUCGUCCAAUGGAUAAGAAACGAGAACCUUGGGAAUUUGGUAUUAAAACGUACAAACGUACAUUAGAUGAUCAUCAUCCACAAUAUAUACCAAAGAUUUUACGACCAAAUCCCAAAAAGAAAAAAACAGGACGAUGGGCAAAGACAUACUAUCCAUAAUUAGAAAUACAUAUAAUUAUCAUGUUGUGAAUAUAUAAAUAUAGUAAUUGUGUGAAAGACAAUUAUAUUCAUUUUUAUUAUAAUAUCUAUAAUAAAUCUGUGUACAU